UGACCGUUAUCAUCUCCCCGGCAUCAUGUGCGAUGAAAAAGAAAUCCAAGCAGCGUUCAACGUUGCCCUGGAAUUAGUGAAAAAAUGCAACGAAAUUGUAUCGGAAGGAUUCCGUACCGCGGCCAAGCGCGUCGAGGUGAAAGGUAAACACUGGGACCUGGUGACGGAAUACGAUCAACGGGUGGAGGAUGUGCUAAUUGCUGGACUGCGGCAAAACUUUCCUCACCACAAGUUCUGUGCGGAAGAGGCAUCUUACGCUAGCGGAGACGCAUUGAUACUCGGCCCAGAACCUACGUGGAUAAUUGAUCCAAUUGAUGGGACGGUGAAUUUCGUACGAGGCGUUCCGUUCACAUGCAUUUCGGUGGCCUUGGCGGUUAAUGGUGAAAUUCAGCUCGCUAUCAUAGCGAACCCAACGGCCAACGAGCUCUACACAGCCAUCAGAGGGCAAGGGUCAUUUUUGAAUGGCUCCCGCAUCACCACGCGCGGUACUGUGGUGCUCAAAGAAGCGCUUGUUGGCCAUGAGUUUUCGAUUGCAAGCUACAAACCCAUUCGGGCAGCAUUAUUCGAGCGCGGUCAACGAUUCAUCACCGAAUGUGUAGGAUUGCGAGCAUUCGGUUCUGCCGCCCUCACGUUGGCAUACAUCGCAAGCGGACAGAUAGACGUUUACAGCAUACAGUUUCUGAAGCCCUGGGACAUUGCGGCUGGCGCUCUGCUGAUUCAGGAAGCAGGAGGCUCGGUCAUCAGCAUCACGGGCGGAAAGUAUGAUAUCAUGAAGCCGGACAUUAUAGCCGCGAGCAGUGAACCGUUGGCUCAGCGAGUGUUGCAAAUUAUACGCGAAGUUGAUGAUGAUUUGCGAAGCCAAGUGAAACCAACGUAA